ACGCGCAGUGUGUUGGAGUUUGUUUCCAUGGUGACGCCCUGAUUCAGCAGCAGCAGUAAACAGAGUCAGAGUUUAAAUUCUCUUUAAAAUAAACUCUGUAAAUCUGUUUUUAUCAACAAGCUGAUCCAGGAUGGAAACUUCUGAGGGGAUUAAAGACAGAACGCAGGUCGAGGAGCAGAGUUUAUUUUCUGGCGCUGCCCCAGAGGAGGAGCAGGAGGAGGCCGGGAGACGAAGCACCUUCAGGCGGUCGUUUGGAUCCAGUGAAAUCCUUCAAGAGAAACAGAGUCAAAGAUCAGAGCUACAGGGGAGCUUCAUCAUCCAGAGCAGAGCUGCAGAGCAUAUCAGGAACGGGGGCGAGGCGAUGAGGAGGUCUCAGUAUGAGAAAGCUGUGAUCUGCUUCUCUAAGGCCAUCACUCUGCAGCCGGAGGAGACUCGGCUGCAUGUGAGUCAGGCCGAGGCGUACCUGCAGCUCUGUGACUUCCAGUCAGCGGCAGCUUCUUAUAAACGAGCCUGGCGUCUGGAGCCAGAGGCCUUCAGGGACCGCUUGGCCUUUAUCUAUUAUCUCCAGGGUCAGUGUCUGUUUGAUCGAGGUCUGUACUUCGAGGCUCUCGAGGCCUUCAGCAAAGCGGCCGAGGUGAAGCCGAGCUGCAGAGCGUACGAGGUCAGGAGUCUGGCCUGUCUGUCAGCUACAGGUCUCCAUGCCGACUGUCUGAAGAUGGUGGAUGACUGGAUCCUGUCAGACUCUCCGACCUCUGACCUUUACGUCCUCAGAGCCCGACUCAACAAACAGCUCAACCAGACGUCACAGAGUCAUCAGGACGUGAUGGCGGCGUUGGCGUUGACCCCGGCGUGUCCGCAGGCCGCCGCUCUGCUGCAGACGCUGCAGGAAGCCGGGGAACGGGCCCGACAGAAGGCGGUGGACCGGCUUCUGACCGGCCAGCUGCCCGAAGCUCUCUGCAUGAUCAACAUCGCUCUGGAGAACUGCCCACAGGACCCACAGCUCUACCUGUUCAGAGGGAUUCUGUACAGACGUCUGAGAGACUUCACGGCAGCCAUCGAGGAUCUGGUCCAUUCUGUGGAGCUGGGUGAGAAAGAGGAGGAGGAGGAGGAGGAAGAGGAGGAGAGGGAGGUCAGAGAGAGCAUCUCUCUGCAGGAGGACGUGCAGUUCCAGCUGGUGCUCACCUACAAUGAUUUUGCGGUUCAGUGUUUCAGCAGAGGUCUUUACGCCGAGGCCACGCUGCUGCUCACCAAGGCCAUCGAGGAGGGGCGAGGACCGGCCGGUCUGUACCUGAACAGAGGAGACUGUUUCUUUAAGCAGGGGGAGUGGUCCUUCGCUCUGGCGGACUACCAGCAGGCUGAAGAGAUGACGCAGCCUGACGACCCGGCUGUUCGGCUCCGCCUCGCCGUCAUCCACAACACGCUGGGCUCCCUGUGCUUCCAGAACGGGUGUUUCCAGAAAGCAGCUGACAUGUUUUCUUUGGCGGUCCGGUACAACCCCACAGCCGGUCUGUACUACGAGAACAGAUCCAAGGCGUUUAGAAAACUUCUGAACUUUGAGGGGGCCAGGAAGGACCUGAUCUCCCUGCUGAUCCUGGAUCCCACCAACGAGGAGCUUCCUCCCAUGCUGAUGAGUCUGUUCCCCGGCUGCAGUGAGUCUCAUGUCCUGUCGAGUCCAGCAGCUCAGGCAGUCAGAGCUCAGCUGAUGGAAACCAUCCAGGCCUGCAGCUCUUCCUCUGACCAGCAGAGGCUCAGUGAGAAACUGCAGGAGAUGACUCUGAGCGGUCAGGACUCAGAGAGCCAAUCAGAGGAGCCUUUAGGAGCAGGAGAGGAGCUGAGGUUGUGUCUGAACAAACUGGAGAUGAAGAUGUUUGUGAAGAGCGUCCUGCAGGUACUCCAGGGAGGUAGUAGAGCUGCAGAGCGUUAUGGGAGUAACACAGUAACCAGAGCUACAGCUCCAGCUAGUGGAGGGAGGCUGAACUACAGCGAGGACACGACGUGUGAAGGCUUUCAGACUUACAACAUGAUUGAAGCUGCAGCUUGCAAAGACAACAAGGAAACAGGACGAGUUUCAGACGACUCUCCGUGACCGUCCUCCUCUGGACCACGCCGGACACUGGAGGGGGAGGUCAAAUCCACAGGAGGGAUCUCUGAGUGGACUAAAGAAAAACAUUAAGUUCAUGAACUCUGAAAAUAAACUAUGAAGACUCAAAGAA